UACAUUGUCAAACUUGUAUUACUCCCUUCAUUCAUCUAUUUAUUACCUCCGGGCUACUUACGUACCAGGAAACAACCGCCAUGACAAAAACGUUAGGAAACUCAAAGAAAACGCUAGAUUCCUAUAAUGAAUUGCCUGAAUAUAUUCAUGGAACAAAUUACGGUGAAAAAUUGCUGACUAAAGAACCUCAAUGGCUACAAUGGGAACAAUACUUGAAAGAUACCGAAUCAUCAAGUACUGAAUAUACAGGCAGUAAUGUCAAUCCUUUACCUCAAACGUGGAGCACAAGAGAAAAAUCCGAUUUUAUAGAGGUCAUGCAAAGCAACUUGGAGGCUUCUUUUUUUGGCCCGGAUAGCGGAAGCGAACAUGAUGCGGCUUUAAUACGAUCAGAUUUUCCUAUACCAAAUAACUGUUCAGUCUACUAUUUUGAAAUCCAAGUAUUGUCAUGUGGUAAAGAAGGUAGAAUAUGUGUUGGUUUUUGUAAAAAGAAUACACAAACAGGACGUUUACCAGGAAACACAUCAGAAAGUUGGGGUUAUCAUGGACACAAUGGUGAAAUUUACCAUGGAUCGAAAACCGGAGAACGAUAUGGACCUCAAUUUCAAACUGGUGAUGUUGUGGGAUGUGGUGUGAACCUUAUCAACAAAACAAUAUUCUACACAAAAAAUGGAGCAUAUUUAGGGGUAGCCUUCACGAACGUGAGCGAUUCUUUGUACCCGACGAUAGGACUAAAAAGCCAAGGUGAACACAUCAGGGCAAAUUUUGGUCAAACAGCAUUUCUUUAUGAGAUAGACCACGCCGUUCAAGAAGAGAAAGAAAAAUUGUUGAGCGAUUCUCUGAAUAUAGCUUCAGUUGAUGAGCAAAAUGAACGAAAAAAUUUCCUUAAAGACCUUAUCUCUUCCUUCCUCAUUAAUCAUGGCUAUGUAGAAACGGCACAAGAGUUCUGUCCCGAAAAGGUACUGCACUCAGAUGUACAAAUCCGAAAAAGGAUCAAUCAAUUGUUGUGUAAUGGGGACUUGGCCUCUGCGGUACAGGAAAUUACUUUACAAUAUCCCCAAGCAAUUCAAGAUUGCCAAGACCUAUCCCUUUCUCUCCGAUUUUUGCAAUUUCUUCAAUUAAUGCGAAAUAUGCAACAAAUUCGCUCGUACUCAGCGUCUUUCUCCGGCGUAAUCUCAGAACAAGAAGAGAUGAAAAUUUUGGACCCAGUCAUGAGUUAUUCCCAACAAUUUUUUGAUGAGUAUGAAAAAGCUGAAAGUCAUGAUCUAAAAAAAAUGAUCAAGUUAAGUAUGGGACUUCUCGCUUACUAUAAUCCAUCUUCGAGUCCUUUAUCUUUCUUUUUGGAAAAUGACUUCCAGAAGUAUAUAGCCAGUCGUAUCAACGAAUUGCUUCUAAGGUUCAGCGGUUAUCAACCUGAAAGCCAAUUGGAGCAAUUUUUGCAACAUACGAUUGCUCUUAAUGAUUUGCUUUGUCAACACAAAUGUUUACCAAACACUCUUAUUAAUGUUCAAAAAGACUUCAUUUUGCCAUGAACUGGCUAGAAAUGAGUUACGAUGAUAAUGUUCUAUGAGUUAUUGAAUUAUAAUGCUUUUUUUUAUUAACACUGUAUUCUUACUUCCUCAAUAACAACGCAUUAACUAAAUAAAUAGAAUAGCUAUGAAUUGGUAAUUGAUCUGUAU